CUGUGGUGCUACGUCACCCGAUCUUGCGAGAAACACCGGACCCGACAGAAACUCCCAUGACGUCACGACAAAAGAACACGGAAGAAAGAACCCGCGACACAACACCACAGUCACAAACAAUUGAGUUGCUGUGUUCUCGACAGCUACAGACAAAUCAUCGCAAUCAGUGAUGCCACCAGGCUUCAAAUCGGAGAGGUUAAGAGUCAACCUCCGGCUUGUCGUCCAAAGACUCAAACUCCUUGAGAAAAAGAAAACUGAGCUCGCUCAAAAGGCUCGCAAGGAGAUUGCAGACUACCUGUCGGCGGGAAAAGAUGAGCGGGCGCGGAUCCGUGUUGAGCACAUCAUCAGGGAGGACUACAUGGUGGAAGCCAUGGAGAUCCUGGAGCUUUACUGCGACUUGCUGCUGACACGCUUUGGCCUCAUUAAGUCCAUGAAGGAGAUGGAUCCAGGCUUGGAGGAGGCGGUGUCGACCCUUAUCUGGGCAGCCCAUCGCCUCGAGGCGCAGGUGGCUGAGUUACGGACUGUAGCAGAACAGUUAUGUAUAAAAUAUAGCAAGGAGUACGGCAAGCUGUGCAGGACAAACCAGGUUGGGACGGUCAAUGAAAGACUGAUGAACAAAAUGAGUGUGGAGGCCCCUCCCAAGAUCUUGGUGGAGCGCUACCUGAUUGAGAUAGCCAAGAACUAUAACGUGCCGUAUGAUGCCGACGCUAUGGUCCUGCCCGAGGUUAGUCUUGGAGAAGAAGCAGACCUGAUUGACAUGAACAAUUACAAGAAGUCUGGAGGAGGUGGGGCUGGUGGAGGUGGUGGUGGCCGCGGUGUCACUGCUCCAGGCAUGCCCAUGCCUAUGCCCAUGCCCAUGCCGGUACACUUCAACUACCCACCGCCCAACGGAGCAGAAGCGUUCAAUCCGGCCAUUGGAUCCUACAGCAGCUUCCCGCACACGGUGGGAGGAGGGCAGCCCCCUCAGCUGCCCACUUCUCCCCCCACGUACGAGUCUAUUGAUGACCUAACAGGCAAAAACUCUCUUCCUUCCCAGGCCAUAGGUCACUCGUCACAGAUAUACGACAACAGCGUUCUCCCAGAACUUCCUUCCGUCCCCGACACGCUGCCGCCAUCCUCCUUCGGCAGAAACGCCACCAGCUCGGACGACAUCGACUUUGAUGACUUGUCUCGACGCUUUGAGGAGCUGAAGAAGAAGACCUAAGAGUUAUGUUCCUAGCCUUUGAAGACCAACACACGGGCCGGCCAGUGUUGUCAUUAGGAAGUAAUACAUGCUCAAGGCUCACAAUUUAGCUAUAUAUAUAUAUAUAUAUAUACACAUAUAAAACAAUACAUUUACCC